GCAUGACAAACAUGGCGACUCUCAGGCAAAUUGGAAGGUUGUUGGGUAUUUCUGGAAGAAUUUCAAGACACCUUACUGUGCAUGCAAAUCAGUAUGCUGGACUGCACUGGAGUCGACAUAACAUUGUCACAAGAAGAUGGCCCUUGCCACCAUUUUCAGUGGUUUCGGAGAGGACCAUGUUUAUUCAGACUCAAGACACUCCCAACCCAAAUAGCUUAAAGUUUCUACCUGGAUGCAUGGUCCUUGAACGAGGAACCAUGGAUUUUGCUGCACCCCGGGAAGCCUACUGUUGCCCCCUUGCCAGGCAGCUAUUUAGAAUUGAUGGUGUCAAGGGCGUCUUUCUGGGACCUGAUUUCAUCACCAUUACUAAGGCAAAUGUAGAUCUUGAAUGGAAGUUGAUCAAACCUGAUGUUUUUGCUGCAAUUAUGGACUUCUUUGCAUCUGGACUUCCUGUUAUUAAUGAAGAGGACACCCCUCGUGCAGAUACAGCACCCUCAGAUGAUGAUGAUGAGGUGAUUACAAUGAUCAAAGAGCUUCUGGACACCCGGAUCAGGCCCACGGUGCAGGAGGAUGGUGGAGAUGUCCUGUAUCGAGGCUUUGAAGAUGGUAUUGUCAAGCUGAAGUUGCAGGGCUCCUGCACCAGUUGCCCUAGCUCCAUAGUCACUUUGAAGAGUGGCAUCCAGAAUAUGUUGCAGUUCUAUGUUCCUGAAGUGGAAGGGGUAGAGCAGGUGAAGGAUGACCAAGAGGAUGUUGCCCAAGGAUGAGUCCAAUGGAAACUACUCAGACACUAUAGACAUUUCUUUUACGCUUUCCCCUCCGGCCAGCGCCCCGUCACUUCAUCCUAUAGCUGAUUACUUGGCAUCAUAGAUGCUUGUCUACAGCACAGCAGCGGUGAUAGAACUGUGCUGUCAUAUUGACAGAUUUCUCAUAGGACUACAUUGUAGAGAUGUUCAGCUGUCAAGAAGAUGGCAGGAGAUGACCUCCCUGUCUGAAGUAGUGUUCUGGUCAGGCUGUUUGCAUUGGAUGGCUUCCAGGAUGACAGAUUCCAACUUAAAUGUUUCUCUGACAAUGUUUUUAUCUCCUACUGGCACCACUUAUAACUCAGUAAGUAUUGGUUAUUUAAAAUAAAGAAAAAGUAUUUAUAACUGUGUAAUGUAAAUAAAGAACAUUGAAUAAAGUAUAUUAAAUGAUUUU